GGGACACGCCCCCCCAGAAGGGACCUGACCUGCACAUGUAGUGUAAUCUCUCUCUCUCUCUCUCUCUGUGUGUGUGUCUGUGAGGCCACGCGUGUGUGUGUGUGUUUGUGUGUCCGCCAUGUCCGCACUCAGGAGCUGUGUGAAGCUGUUCGUGCUCGCCUCAGUUUCCGUCCUGGUCGUGUUGCUGCUGAAACACUGGAUCGCCACCAAACAACACGUGUUCGACAGGGAGGAGAUCGCCAAACUGGCCAAACAGUACUCAGGACAGGAUCAUGAGCAGGCCUUCUCCAAAGUGGUGGUGGAGCUCAGGAAGAGGUAUCCUGGCCACAUCCUGCCGGACGAGGACCUGCAGUGGGUGUUUGUGAACGCUGGCGGUUGGAUGGGCUCCAUGUGUCUGCUCCACGCUUCACUCACAGAGUACCUGCUGCUGUUCGGUACCGCGGUCGACACAGGAGGACACUCAGGUCGUUACUGGGCAGAGAUUUCUGACACCAUCAUCUCCGGCAACUUCAGACAAUGGAAGGAGGGAACAACCAAGAGUGAAAUGUACUACCCUGGUGACACCAUCGUGCACGCUGUCGGUGAGGCCACGUCAGUCCAGUGGGGCGCCGGGACGUGGAUGGUGGAAUACGGCAGAGGUUUCAUCCCGUCCACGCUGGGAUUCGCUCUGGCUGACACGCUGUUCAGCACCCAGGACUUCCUCACGAUGUUCUACACCGUCCGUGUCUAUGCCAAGGGUUUGCUGCUGGAGGCCAGUACGCUACUUACGGAAGCAGGAGUUUUCUAAGGCGAGGUCGAGGCCCGGAGGAACUGCACACGGACAGUAAACUCACAAAGAUCACUGUGUCGAGCUGUUUUUACCCCCAGACAAGUACAAUCUGUAGACAAUCUACGAAAUUGUAGACAAUCCAAAGUCGCUGCAGCACAAAUGAUUCCGUCGUCAUUCUCCCCUCCUGAAGGAGGAGAAGGUCUUUUGUCUAAACAUUAACACUGUGACGUCAAACUUCUCUAAAAAGGUUAUUCUAAAUCUAAUCUGUCACAUAGAAUCUUUUAGUGAUCGACAUUAUCUUCUUCUGCACGACAAACAUUCCCCUGAGAGCUCAAACUGCCUGCAUACUUGGUGAAGUCUUAAUACCCGUUAAAAAUACACAUUGUUCAUAUUGUUUUAGAAUCUGACUUCAGGCUUAAAGGCCUGAAGAAACUAACAACUUAGACAAUGUAUAUAACCAGGUUUCUGAGCAACAUGUAGAAAAAAACUAAAUAUCUGUAACUGUUGUUCAUCUUUGCCCAUUUAGGGCCCAAAUAGUAACAUGCAAUAAUUAAUGUGGCUUUUAAAACAAAUGCAAAACACAUGAUGCAAAGCCAAAGCAACUAUUUUCCUAGUAAAUACCUGUUUCAUGUUUAUAUGCAAAAGGAUUCUCAGUAAAUUAUGAACUUUUGUGAUUCUAGUUUUAUUAGGAUCAUAUCCUGAUCUUCUGCUGAUCUGUUUGUACGAUAUAUUCACUAUCAGAGCCUCCACUGUGCAGCAAUAGAUUUAUUACAGUGGAGCAAUAUUUCUCCUUUUCUCCCAAUCUCAAGAUUUCAGCUCAAAACUUGUAAUUUGUAACUAUAAUGCACUACAUUCACAUCACAUAUUGAACAAACUAUGUCGUACAGUUAGAAACAUACAUGUUCUAGAGCCCUUCAAAAUGUAAACGUGAUUCAUUUGUCUGAAAAUAUUGAGAAACAAACAAAGUAUUCUAGAGCUGCUGUGAGAUAUGUAAUUCAUUCACAAAGUGGUUGUAUGAGUUUAGAUUAGUCUAUAACUGUGGAGACCAAGUUCAAUCAGAGUUUUGUAAGAUAGACGCAAAGCACUUAAAGAAUCCUGUGGAGAAGACUGUCAGGCCCAAGGUGGCAGUAAGAUGAUUUCCUGUCCCCCAAUUAUCCAAUCGUCUGAUUCAUAACAUCUGGGAAACAUGUCAAGUUCAAACCAUUGAAGUCUCUCCCCAGUCAUCAGGAGCCUGGUCUUAUUAACCAGAUUUAACAGUUGGCUUAUGAUUAAGGAAUUAGCUUGAAUGAGUUUUAGUUUCUGACUGAGCUUCAAGGCGAGGUCUGGAAUUUUGCAACUUGCCCAAGAGGGUAGAAAACAAAACACUAAUCACAGACUCUUUACUAAUCACAGAUUUUUAAUAUAUCACUGAGCAGAAAAGAAAAUCUCAUGUGUAUUAUAAAUUACUGCUGCUGAAUCUCCCAUCUACAGCUUCUACUCUCCAUCAGUGACCACACACACACUAAAUUACCUUAACUGGAGUCAACAAGUAAACGCAGCAGCGUGAUCGGAUGGAAAACAAAGCAAAACCUCUUUGUACCUGACAUGCUGACGACCGGAUGUGCAAUCCACUGUAAAGAUGGAAACUGACUGUGGCAGAUGAAAUAAAUAUUUCUGGAGGAAAACAACAA